AUGAACAUGCUUUUCAAGACGACAACUCAGGACAUUGAGGGCCGCUCCAUUUCGGAGCACCUCCCUGGUGGGCUAUUACGCCUGGAAGUUCCCCACGUUAUAUGGUGGAAGCAUGCUGGACUCAGGAAGCUGUAUUGCAUGAUGCCCAUACUUUUCCUUGCUUCGACCACCACCGGCUAUGACGGCUCACUACUCAACGGUCUACAGACCAUGGAGCCUUGGCAAGAGUACUUUGACCAUCCCGACGGUUCAAGACUGGGCUUGUUCACCGCCAUCAUGAACAUUGGUGCGGCGUCGGCCCUUCUCUUCUCCUCAUACAUUGCCGACCUUUUCGGCCGCCGUGUUGGCUCUGCCAUUGGUCUUCUCAUCAUCUUCAUGGGGACCAUCCUUCAGGUUGUUCCCACUGUCAAUCAAGCUAUGUUCCUUGCUGGUCGGUACUUUGUUGGUCUUGGAGCCAACAUCUCGCAAGGCUCAGCGCCUCUUCUCAUCAUGGAGCUGGCAUAUCCCCAACACCGCGGAAAGGUUACAACCAUGUACAACACUCUUUGGUACGUCGGCAGCAUCAUAUCAGCUUGGACCGUCUUUGGAACCAUCAAGUACGAGGGCGACGCCGCUUGGAGGGUCCCUGUCGCUCUCCAGGCUCUCAUGCCCCUGGUAAUGUUUGUUCUCAUCUGGCUUCUUCCCGAGAGCCCCCGUUGGCUGUGCUCCAAGGACCGUCUCGAAGAAGCUCUCCAAGUUCUCAUCAAAUACCAUGCCAAUGGUGAUUCGAACGACCCCUUUGUUCACGCCGAGUUCGCCGAGAUCCAGGAAACGAUCCGUCUCGAGAAGGAGAGCUCUAAGGAGUCGUGGCUUGUCCUCGUUCAGACGCCCGGAAACCGAAAGCGCAUGCUUCUUAUUGCCCUUACCGCGUUCUUCUCUCAAUGCUCCGGCAACGGCUUGGUCUCAUAUUAUUUGCACGACAUCCUAAAUUCGGUUGGAAUUACGUCUUCGUACAACCAGUCCCUUAUCAAUGGCGGACUUCAAAUUUGGUCGCUCCUUGUAGCUAUCGGUUUCUCUGUCUUUCUGGUUGAUAAAUUUGGUCGAAAGACGCUCUUUAUGAUUGCCGGCGUCGGCAUGCUCGUUAGCUUCAGCGUUUGGACUGGUUGCUCUGCCGUCUACGAAAAGACGCAAAACAAGGGCGCAGGUGGUGCCGUCAUCGGCAUGAUCUUCUUGUUCUAUGGCGUUGCCGGUUUUGCCUGGCCCGGCCUGACGGUCGCCUACUGCGCUGAGAUUCUUCCAUACAACAUCCGUGCCAAGGGCUUGGCUGUGAAUCUGGCAAUAGUUUCUUUGGCCGGCGUCUUUAAUCAGUACGUGAACCCGGUGGGACUCUCCGACCUCCAGUGGAAAUUCUACUUUGUGUACAUCGCCAUCCUGGUCAUCGAGUGUCUUUGUAUCUGGUUCCUGUUUAUCGAGACCAAGGGUCCUACUCUAGAGGAGAUUGCAGAGCUUUUCGAUGGCGAGGAUGCGUACGUGGCUCAUAUUAAAGACCACCACAAGGUCGAGGAGAAGACGGCCGAGCACACUGAAAAGGAACUGGCGACCUAA